GAGCAGGAACCUGCAUGAGGUCUGGGCUAAAAGAUGGCACGGCGAGUAGGAGGGGAAGGCUCCCCAAAAAAGACAUCUCUCAACCUGGUGACAGGGUUCCACCACUACCUACGAGAUGAGCAGGAGGCGGUGCAGAAAAGGACGUUCACAAAGUGGAUCAAUUCCCACUUGGCAAAGCGUGUUCCUUCUCUUGAGGUGAAAGACCUCUUUGACGACAUCAAGGAUGGUGUGAUGCUGCUGGCCCUCCUGGAAGUUCUCUCUGGACAAAAACUGCCAUGUGAGCAGGGCAAGAAACUAAAGAGGAUCCACUGGGUCGCCAAUAUUGGUACAGCUCUCAAGUUCCUUGAGGGUAGAAAAUCUGCCUAUAGAGGAUCUCCGAUUAGGCUGGUAAACAUUAACUCCACCGACAUUGUGGAUGGACGCCCAUCGAUUGUACUUGGUUUGGUGUGGACAAUCAUACUGUAUUUCCAGAUUGAAGAGCUAACCAGCAGUCUACCAGAGCUCCAGGUCUUCUCCAGCAGUAACUCCUCCAUGGAUAGCUCCACCAGCAGCACUGACACCACCAGCCCACCUGUCAAACGGAGACCUCAGCCUCCUCUGCAAGGGGGAGCCAGAAAGGCUUUACUCAGAUGGGUUCAGCAGACAGCUACCAAAUGUCAAGGUCUUGACGUGAAAGACUUUGGCCCCAGCUGGCGCACUGGUUUAGCCUUUUUUGCUGUUAUCAAUGCCCUCCGGCCUAAUCUUGUAGACAUGGAGCAGGUAUGGAGGAGGUCAAAUCGAGAAAAUCUGCAAGAGGCGUUUCUAUUGGCUGAGACCGAGUUAGGCAUUCCACAGCUUCUUGAUCCAGCAGAUGUGGAUGUAGACAAGCCAGAUGAGAAAUCUGUCAUGACCUAUGUUGCCCAGUUCUUGAAGCAUCACCCUGACAGGAAGCAGAACGACUCAGAAGAACAGCCCGAAGAAGUGCAUGAGUUUGCUCCUCGGGACAUAGAGGAAAUGUUUGAGAGAGAACAGCGAAAGAGCCAGAGGGAACUCAAAAUGUGGCUCGAACACUUGGAGAAGGAGGCAGUACAGGCACAGGAGACUGAAAGCAGCCUUGAUGAACAGUACCAGCUCUUCAAAAGCUUGCAAGUCCAGUUGGAGAUGAAACGGAAGCAGGUGGAGGGAGCUUUACAGUCCACACAGCGGGAUGGGAUGCUGACUGUGGAUCAGGCUCUGGUCAAACAGGCCUGGGAACGGGUCUCCAACAGGCUUCUGGAUUGGCACCUUCAGCUGGAUAGAUCCCUGCCAGCUCCUCUGGGGACAGUUGGGGAAUGGCUACAUGAGGCUGAAGGAGCCCUGCGACAAGAGAUUACUCUUCAGCAGGGGCAUGAUAUCACAGCUAAUACUGUACACAAAGCUCUGCAGCAGCACAAGGAUGUGUUGAGAAGCCUGGAGAGUCACCAGCAGAUUUUUCAGAGAAUCCAUAGAGACAGAAGUGUGGACGGUGUCGCUGUUCCACAGGAUCAGCUCCAAGACAUGGCAGAGCGGAUGAACUUUGUUUCUACAUCCUCCAGCAUCCAUUUGGCCAGGAUGGCAUUCCUGGAGAACAAACAUCACAUGCAGGCCUUCCUCACACUGGCAGAGUCCAGGCUGAAAUCCUGGAUCAUCAAAUAUGGCCAUCAGGAAUCCGUCGAGCUGAUGCUCAACAACUAUAUUUCAUUUGUGGAGAAGCAACAUUUCUUUGAGAAUUAUGAAGCGCUGUUCCAGUCCCUCAAAGAGUCUGCAGAGGCCUACGUCAGUUUGGACAGCUCGGCGGAUGAGGGUGAGAUGGGAGUGCGCAGAUUUUUGCGGGAAGUGGUGACUCAGUGGAGGAGUCUGUCGAUGGAAGUGCGCAGUGUGAGGAGCAUGCUGGACGAGGUUCUGUCCAACUGGGAGAGGUACACGUCCACAGUGGCCUCCUUGCAGGCCUGGCUGGAGGAUGCUGAGGAAGCUCUGAGCCAGCCAGAGAACCUCAAACAGGAGUUUUUCAGGAAACUCAGCCACUGGAUGGAUCAGCACGCAGCCAUGAACGAUGCCGGGAAUUUUCUCAUUGAGACGUGCGAUGAAACCGUGUCGCUCCAUCUCAAGCAGCAGCUGCUUCUGUUAAACGGACGAUGGAGAGAGCUCUUCCUCCAAGUCAAACAAUAUGCUCAUUCAGAUGAGUUUGAAAAGUGGAGAAAAGACCACCUUAAGGCUGUGUGGACCCUGAAAGAGCUGCUGGAAACUGCAGAGACCAAGUUGAAUGCUCCUGUUCAGGUGUCCUUCCUCAAUGUCAGAGCUUUCCUGCAGGAUGUAGAGAGCACGAAGCAAAAGGUUGUUUCCAUGGAGACACAAUACAAGUUGGCUGCCCGCAGUGCUCAGCUCCUGGCCAAGGAUGCACCACAGGAUGAAGCAGCCAGGGUCAUGGCAACCAUGGCAAAGGCCAAAACCCAGCUGAGCAAGGUAAGGGAGCGGUGUCCCCCCCUGGUGAGGGAGUGUCACAUCCUACUGCCUCUGCUAGAGGAGAUGGAGAAACACAUCAGUGGUUUCUAUCAGGCCCUGGAACGGGCAAGUCGGAUCACGUCUAGUCUGAGGGACUCGGAGACACCUGGCCAACAGAAGCAAAAGUUGCAGGAUUUCUUUGGCCAACUGGACCAGCGGGUGCUCAGUGUGUUCUUGAAAGCCUGCGAUGAGCUAACAGACAUCCUACCUCAAGAGGAGCAGCAGGCUCUGCAGGGAACUGUCCGCAGGCUGCACAAGCACUGGAAGGAUCUUCAAACAGAGGUUCCCUCUCACCUGCUUAGACUAAAAGUGGAUGUGGAGAGAAGUCGAGUGGCCUUGAUUCUUCAAGACUGCAGAGCAGAGCUGGAAAGAGAGAUACAGGCCCUGUCAGGCACCUGCACCAGUGAGCGAGUGAUCAAAGAGCACAGGGCCUUUUUCAAGGAACGUAAACCUCUGACUUUGUGCGAGAAAAGAAUCAGAAACAUGGAGGAUCUGUGUCAUAAUCUACCUGACAACGACCCGGUGUAUCGAAUGCUGGAUUCUACAAAAAAGGCUGUAGAAGAAGUUACUGAACAAAUAAAGAUCACCCACCUAAAGCUGGAGCAACACCCUGAUAAAUGGAAAGAGUGGAACGACAGGUUCUGUGAACUUUCUGACUGGCUGUCAUCCCAAAGAGGGCAGGUGAGACUUUUAAGAGAGUCAGCAGUAACGUCCCAUCACCAGGAUCAAAUUGAUGCUGCUGUCCGGACUCUGCAGGAAGCCUUGAUGACCCGUGAGGAGAGCCUAUCAUGGUUAAAAACUCGCCUCGCCAGGCUGUCAGAGAUUAGCUCUGAGCUGGAAGUCCAGAGACAGAGAGCAGCCCUCGCCAAACUUUCAACCGAGCUGCGUGGCCUCUUAUCUUCACUCUGUCAGCUGGGAGAAGGCUCUGCCAUGUUCCAAUAUGAGGAGCUGAGGGAUGAGGUGCAUGGUGCUUUGAAGGAGGCUCUGAGGGCACAAAGGGAGGCUGAGGAGCAGAUCAGCAGGAUUCUGAACGCAGAGAACCUGGAAGAGGCCAAACAACUUUACCUCAUUCACCAGCAACACCUGAAAAGGCUGCAUGCUAACAGAAAGGAGGCGGAGCAGCUGGUGACCCACUGCCGCCAGCUGCAGACAGGUGAGGUACUGAGUCAGCCUCUACGGGAACUGGAGGGAGCUUUCGGCGACGUAGACCACAAAACUGGAACAACAGAGCACACCCUGCAGUCAACCCUGAGCUGCUGGCAGAAUUUUGAGAUGGAAAGAGAAGAAAUAUGGAGGUUUAUUACCGACACUAACAAUGAACUACACAGAGAACUGAUUUUCAAUAGCUUAGAGAGUCUGAGGAGUGAACUGGAGCACCUCAAGGAGCUUUUCAUAGACAUUGAGGAGUAUUCCAUCCGCAGUGAUAUGCUGUUGGAGAAGUCAGAAGAUAUUCAGCUGGGGCCAAAGAACCAGGGUCUUCUUUUACAGCAGGCUCAGUCCUCCAGAGAAAUGAUUGCACAGCUUCAAAAAGACCUCAAAGAGAAUUUGGUCCUUCUUGAGAAGAUGUGGGAGCAAUGGGAGAGCUUCAGCAGAGAAUCAGAGACCCUUUCUCAUUGGAUCAACGAGAAAGAGAGGGAGCUAGAAGCAGUUAGCUUCACAUCCUCCUACGAUCCUUUAGAUGCUCACAUAAGCACAGUGGAGACGAUACACGAGGGAUUGGAGGAGAGAAGGACACUUCUAGUGCAGAUGGAGACUGAGAUUGAGCCCCUGUCCAAGUUCGUGACCCCUGGAGCAGCCAGUCAUAUCAGAGUCCAACUUGUACAGAUAAGGCAACGCUGUGAUGAACUGAUGGGGAAGAUAGAGCAGCUUGGUGUACAGCUCAACCAGAGCACCAUCUACAGGCAGAGAUGCAAUGAUAACCUCAAACAGGUAAAGAAAACAAUAAGCGACAUCAAAGAAAAACUGGACUGUCCAGUCAUUUGUACAUCGUCAACUGAGACCUACAAGAUCCUCCAGGAUCACAUGGAAGUUUGCCAGGGUGUUGAGCAGCUGAAACCCAGGCUGAUGGCGCUGUGUUCAGCCACAAAGAGGGUUGGAGAGGGCAGCCAGCUGGAAGAAGAGGUGGCUGACCUCCAGAAGCAACAGAAACAGUUAAUUGGAGAGGCCGCAGAAAAGCAAUCCACACUGGAGAGCCUUCUAGCUCUGUGGCAAAGAUAUGAAAAAGAGAACGCAUCCAUGAAGAGCUGGCUGGACAGAUGUGAAUCUGUGUGCUUCCCAGACACCGAAUCAUUCUCUGCAGAUAAAAUAAAAUUGAGGAAUGAACUCCAAAACGUCCGGGAAAUGCAGCAGGAGACAGCAUGUUAUGAGGCUCUCCUCCACGGUAUUGGAAAUCUCCAGCUGUGUCUGCACCCAACAGCAGACGAAGCUCGAACCCAGGAGCUGAAUGAUGACCUUGGUCAGCUUCAGGAGAGAUUCGCCUCUGUGAACAUGAGUAUAUCAUACAGGAGUAAAGUACUGGAGGAGCACUUAGAUCAGUUGGAGCAGUUUGAUCAGGCUCUUCUAUCUGUGGCACAAAGAAGCGAGAACUUCCUCUCUGUCCUGAGAAGCUCUCCCUAUGUUCAUAUAUCGGAUCUUGAAGCUGCAGUCACUAAAUUAAAGGAGCAUGAGGCACAGCUACAGGAAAUCACAUUACUGACCGAAAUACUGAAUCAAAAUAAUUCCUCUCUGCUCCACCACUCCACCCCAGAGGCUGAGCAGCAGCUCCAGGCCUGGACAGAGGACUGUUUGCAGCCCUUCAAGGAGUCCCAGCGUCUUUUACUCGUCCGUAAGGAAUGUCUGACUAAAGUAAAGACUUUCCUUUCCAAGCGUGAGGCGGCAUCCAAGGCUCUGUCCCACCUUAAUGCAGCAGUAGAGGAAAGGGGAAGCUGGGACCAUUCUAAAGCUGAAGCUCUGCACAGCAGGAUUUUGCAAGUCGCUAAAGACGUGGCCCGACUUGAAGCAGAGGCAGUUGGGUUGGAUGGGCUGCUAAGCAAGGCACACCUGCACCUGUGUGGCAUAGAAUCAAGCGGAUCCAAAAGCAGCAGUGAUCCUCAGGAUAGAACAUCCUGCAGAGGACUGGCAGUCGGCCUCAUGAUGUAUCUGGAUGAGAUACAGAAGGCUGUCGGAUGGAGGCAAAGUGAAGCAGAUGCUUUAGGGUCUUUGUGGUGCUCUUUCAGAGAGAGAAAAGAAGAAGUGAUGAAGAAUUUGAAGAAACUGGAAGACGAUGCAAGACGAGAGGAAGCAAGGGAGUGCUCUGUGCAAGCCUUUCAAAACAGGCUGCGUUUCUUUGUCCAGCUGGAGGAUGAGUUGCAGUCCCUGCAGCACUCCCAGCGAUGGUUGGAGGAGAAGGGGAAGCAGCUGGCUCAGCGAGACAGUGAGCUGGCAGCUGAAGCUCUAAGAGAGGUGGCACUGGUGAAGGCAGCCUGGGAAAACCUGAACACAACGAUAACAAAUAGUCAGGAGCAGAGCGGAGUUGUGGUCGACCUUCUACGCUUGUUCCUCCAUCUGAAGACGAACAUCAACGCAGUUGUGGAAAAUGCUCUGUCCGUUGCUCAUAAUCUGCCUGACCACAACCACAGUGCUCAGGAUGCCAGAAGGGUUUUCACACAGCAUGAGGCUGUCCAAGCUGACUUGAGAGAAAAACAAGAAGACAUGGACCAGCUCAUCUCCACAGUCGAGGAACUUCAGAGAGAACUGGAGAAGGUUCCUAACUCAGAUAUGUUUUCUGUCCUGAAUGAGGUAGAAGCUCUCAGGGACCAGUGGCUGCUGGUCUCAGAAAAAAUUCAGACAAAUACAGAGAGGCUGGGAUACUGUGUAAAACUUUGGGAUGACCUGAAGGCCAUGGAGCAGGACAUCAACCAGUGGACGGCCGGGUCCAUCACCGAUCUCACCGACACUGUUGCCAGACUCAGUGAUAAGGGUUUGGCAGACGCCUGUCUCACCACAUUUCAGGCUGAAAUGGAAAAGAGGGAGCAGAGGUUGGACAUCCUGCAGGAUAGAGUGGCAGAACUGAAGGAACGAGCCAAACUACAGGAGACCCCAAUACAAAUGCAGGUUCUAGAAUCGGAUCUGAGGAAGAAAAUGUUCCACGCGCAGGAGGCAUACAACCAGGCCAAACACACUCUGACCUACUUCGACUUCCAAAAGCAGCGACUGGACGACCUGAUGUCCCAGAUGACUGAGCGGCUGGCUGCAGUGGAAGGGUCCUUGUCGGACCUCACUGAAGCUGGUUCCCUUGAAGAUAUUUGUACACUGAAGGACCUGCAGGGUGUUGUGCAGCAGCAGAGGGCAGACAUGGACUCAGCUAGAGAUGCACUGACUUCCCUCAGCAGAUCACAUCCAUCUCAAGAGCUUUUGGUCCUUUCCUCUGAUCUCACCUCCAUCGCAAAGCGAACAGAGGUUGUUGCCCAUCGCUGUGCCAGAACCAGGGGCAGCCUCCAGGAAGGAUUACAGCUCCACUUUAAUGGGCUUGUUCAAAACUUUAAGUCCUGGCUGUCAGAGCUGAAGUUGGAGCUGAAAGACUGUUUCAAUCAAUCAGGAGAUGUCAUCCUCCUUACUGCCAAGUUACAGAGACUGAAGAUCUCACUCGAGCAGUCGUCAGAGGGUGAGGAGCGUCUCUCUCAGAUUCAUAAAGAAGCCGGGAAGCUCCAGCUCCACCUGAGCAAAGUCGAAGCAGCACAGAUCCAUGAAAGUCUUUCUUCCUGUCAGAAAGAAUGGAAGAAUUACCAGGACUGCUGCUGUCAGAGCCAGCUAGACCUGAAAGACAGCAUUGACCUUUUAAAGAACUUUGAUGGUUGUGUGGAGAAUACAAGAGAAUGGCUUAAGAAGAUGAAGGUCGGCCUUAAAAAUGAGCCUGAUAUUGUGGUAGAGAGCCAGAGAGGAGCCGCCGAUCCCACAGAAGAGCUGCAGAGGAUAGAGAACUUAAAUAAAGAGCUGAUAGCGCAAAGGGAGUCUAUUGAGCGUGUUUGUCUGGAGGCCCAGGCUCUUUCUGAAUCCGGCCGUGGUACAGGAGAAGAGGUCAGAGUAACAGCCCAGCUCCAGAUGGAGUAUCAAGCUCUCCUGAAGGCAGCCAGAGAGAGACUGCGGGGCUGCCAGGAGAGCCAGGCCUUUGGAGAUGCCCUCCAGGGAGUUUGGGCCUGGCUGGAGGAGAUCCAAGAGAGAUUGGGUACUGUAGACAGCACGAUUGGAACCAAAGAGCAGUUAGAGAAGAAACUGGAGACUGUGCAGGACAUCCUGCUUUUGAAGGGAGAAGGGGAGGUGAAGUUAAAUAUGGUGAUGGGUAAGGCUGAGCUCACCCUGCGUAACUAUGGAGCCGGUGGACAGGAAGGGAUCCGCUCUCAGCUGCAGGAAGUGGAAGAUGCAUGGGCCACGCUAUUGGUUACUGCAAUGAGCUGCCACAGUCGAUUAGAGUGGACUGUGUCUCAGUGGGGGGGAUACCUCGAGAGUGCUGCUCAGCUCCAAAACUGGAUGGAAGCUGUGAAAAGGGAGGUGUGUGCCCCGCUCCCACCGCAGCCAGGACCCAGAGAGAAGGCCUCGCAAUUAGAGCGACUCAGAGCCCUAAUGGCUGACCUGGAAGACCACCAGAUGGCGCUCUCCAGCCUGGAAGAAAAAGCCCGAGAACUUUAUAAGAAGACAGGUGAUGCCAGCUUCAAUCAUGGUGCUCGCACUCAGCUACAGGUGCAGUGUGAUCAUCUCACUGCUUUGGUUGAGGAGAGAGUUCGUCUGGCUCAGGUGGUGGUGUUGGAGCACCAGGACUAUCUGGAGGCUGUUCGUGAGCUCACUGAUUGGCUGAUGUCUGCAGGGGAGGAGCUACAGCAUUGGUCUGAUACAUCAGGAGACUCUACCUCUGUCAGAAAAAAACUCUUAGAAGUAAAGGAGCGUGUGAAGUGUCGACUCCUGGAGGGCCGAGAGCGCCUCAGUCGGGUCCGACGCAGCGCGGCGGCCACGGCGGAGCAUACAGCGGCGGGGGGCUGCGAGGCCAUGGACAGACAGCUGGGGGCGCUGUCACACGCCCUGGAGCAGUGGGAGGGAGCUGCCCUAAGGGCCAGAGAUGGCCUGGAGGGGGCCCUGGCUGCUGCCGAAGCUUCAGAAGAAGAGUACGAACAUCUAACCGCCUGCCUUGAGGAAAGGCUGAAAGAGUUUGAUGGACGUCUGAGGCAGUGGAACCAGGAGCUGGUUAAGGCUGAGGGAUGGAGCAGCGGUGAAGAUGCAGUAGAGGGAUGGAAGAUGGCUAAGGAUAUUCUGGAGGACUUGCAGAGCGCUGAGUCGAUGGCAGACAAGUUGAAAAGCCAACUGAAUGACCUGGUUCGAUACUCCAGGGACCUGGGCUCGCAGUCAGACCGAGUCACUGCCAUCAUUAAACAGCACAACAGCCUCAGUCUCCGUGCAUCCCGGGAGUGUCAAAAUAAGGAGCGCCUGUUGGAGCAGAGGUUCCGUGCAGCGCUGAGAGACUUCCAACAAUGGCUGGUCAAUGCCAAAAUCAGUACCGCCAAAUGCUUUGAUGUGCCGCAGACUGUCACAGAGGUCUCCACCGCUUUGCAGAGAAUCCAAGAGUUCUUGAGUGACAGGGAGAACGGCCAGGCCAGACUCAGUACAGUUGGAGCCAGCGGGGAGCUCCUGAUGGCCGUCGUGUCCAAAGAUAGAGUGGAGGGAAUCAAGGCCAAGGUGGCAAAUGCCCGGGAGGACUGGAAGAGCCUAAUGAGUAACCUGCAAGUGAGGGAAGAUGCUCUCAAGAACCUUCAGUCUCAGAUGUCUGAGUUUGAAGCCAGUGCUGAGCCCCUACAAGACUGGCUCAACAGCACAGAGUCCAGAGUCCAGGAGAGUACGGCCCGCCUGCACGACCUUCCGACUAAGAAACAGGAGCUCAGCAAACUGCAGUCUGUGCUGGAGGAGAUGGCUAGUCGAGAGGUAGAGCUGGACAGGCUGAGGGAUAAAGCUCAUCAUCUCUGGGAGGGACAAGCAGCUGGAAAGGGCUUCGUCCACAGAGUAUCUCAGCUGUCAGCGCAGUACCUAUCCCUCAGUAACCUAACCAAGGAUAAAGCCUCCAGGAUAGAGCGCAUAGUCGGGGAGCACCAGCUCUUCUCUCAGGGGCUUAAAGAGCUUCAGGACUGGGUGUGUGAGGCACAGAGGGUCAUAAGUACGUGCACUUCCACUACUAAGGACAAGGGUGUACUGGAGGACCGCAUGUUGCAGCUCGAAGCAUUACUUGCAUCCCGCCAGGAGCGUGAAAUCCAGCUAAAAAUGCUUUUGACCCGAGGCGAGGCAGUCCAGAGAAAUACUUCGGCUGAAGGGGUCCCAGUGAUCCGCAAACAGAUCCAAGACCUCAAGGACUCUUGGGACUCGUUGCUCUCUGCCUCAAUCCAGUGUAAAAGUCAGCUGGAAGGAUGUCUGUCACAGUGGACCAGCUAUCAGGAAGACGUGGAGCAGUUUGUGCAGUGGAUGGAUCGAGUGGAAGAGACACUGAGCUGCUCGGACAGACAAUAUUCAGAGAUGAGGGACAAGACUGCCAACCUGGGAAAGAUGAAGCUUCUCUAUGAGGAGGUCUUGAGUCACAGCAGUCCUCUGGAGACCAUCGCCACAAAAGGCUCCAACAUGGCGGAACAUUGCACAACUCAGCAGGAAGUGCAACAGCUGCAGUGUAGAUACAACAACCUGAAAGAAAAGGCUAAGAGCGCUGUUAGCAAGGCCAAGGAGCUGGUUAUGGUCCAUCAGGAAUAUCAACGCGGACUACAUGUUUUUGAGGACUGGCUGGAGCGUGAACAGGCGUCUUUGGCAUCGUUGUCUCAUCCAGAAGGAAACGUGGACAUGCUUGAAAAAACCCUGCAGCAACUACAGAGCUUACAGGAAAGCUGCUCAAAGGGUCAGUCUUUGCUGGCUUCGGUGCUGACCAGCAGAGAGAGUGUUAUCCCCUGGGGCGUUCCUCAGAUUGAGGACCGGGCUCUGGACACCGCAAAACGAGAAUGGGCGUCCUACCAGUGCCGCCUGGAGGAGACUCAGGCCCAGCUGCACUCUACGCUGACAAGGCUGAGGCAGAUGGGUCACAGGUUCCUGAACCUGGCUCAGUGGUUGGAGGACACGGAAAACAUGGCCAGCAUCAGAAACAACAGGAGGUCGGACAGAAACACCAAGCAGAGUCAGCUCAGGAAACUCCAGGGCUAUCUUGAGGCAGUCCUUGCACGGCAGGGAGAAGUCGAUGGUCUCUCAUCUCUGGCUCAGCAGGUUCUGGAGGAAACCUACAUCAGUAGUCGCAUUAGUGUAACGGCCACCCAGCUAACGGCCCGCUACCACUCCCUUCUCCUCAACAUUCAGGAUACGAUCAAACAGCUACAGGAGGAACUGAAGAGCAUGGAAGAGGCAGAGAACCUCUGCAUGUCAUUCAGCGAGUGGCUUGCUUCGACUCAGAAAAGCUUCACAACACUGACUGAUCGCUCUGAACCGCUGGACCGGCAGGCCAUGGAGAGAAAGAUGAAGAAAUUAGAGAGCCUCCAGUCAGAUCUUCAGCAUGGCCACAACCUCCUGAAAUCCCUGAGAGAGCGUGCGGAGCAGGCAGCGGGCUUCUUAGACGAGGCUGGGGCUGAAAGUUUAGGAGCAGAAGUGGAAGCGCGUCUCGCCCAGCUGGAAGAGCUCGCCGGGGGACUGAGGCAAGAACGCAGCUUCCUGGAACGAGCGCUACUGCUCGCAAAGGAGUUUCACGACCGGUACAAGGCUCAGGUCCAGUGGCUCGCGGAGACCAGGGCUUUGCUCAGCACACCGGUGGAGCCCAAGGCUGAACUGUACCAGCGCAGAGCGCAGCUGGCAAAGUAUAAGGCUCUCUUACAGAUGGUUCAGUCCCAUGAUGGAUCCAUCAGGUCUGUGAUGGAGAAGGGAGAUUCUCUACUGGCUUCUGUCCACUAUCCCUCCAUCAGGGACAAAAUGCAUCGUGUGCAGAAGGACUACACCACCCUCUGCAACGUGGCAAUGGCUCACGUAGAGAAUCUGGAAGGCCAGGUGAAGGAACAGGAAGCUUACCAUAACGAGCUGCAGGAAGUGGAGCGCUGGCUGCUGCAGAUGUCCAGCAGGAUGGUGACGCCGGAUCCAAGCGUGAACGUCAGCCUGGAGGCAGCAACUCAACAGCUGGCCAGACACAAGGCCACCAUGGAGGAGAUUGCUGGUUUUGAGGAGCGCUUGACAGCUCUGAAAGAGCAAGGAAAGGGCUUAGUUCAAGGCUGUAGUGACCGCGUGCAGAGCCGACUGAGACAGCAGGUCCAGACUCACCAACAAGGCAUCAGAGACAGCUACUCAGCCAUCUGCAGCACUGCACAGAGGGUAUACCAGAGUCUGGACCACGAGAUGCAGAGGCAUGUGAGCCUGCAGGACACGCUGCAGCAGUGCCAGACGUGGCUAAGCUCUGUUUCAGAAAAACUAAAUCCUCAUCCACAACCUUCUCUCAGCCUGGAAGAAGCCCUCCAGCAGGUGAAGCAGGAGCGGGCUCUCCAGGAGCAGGCCAGCACGUACCUCCAGCUUGUGUGUUCAGCUUGUGAUCUCUCAGAGCAGAGGGUCAGGGAAGCAGCAGCAAACAUCCAGCAGAUCAAGCUGCAGAUCGAGGAACGAAUGCUUCUUUGUGAAGAGAUGGCAGACAACUGGAGGGACAUCGAGGAACAGAAGAUGGAUUUAGAGAUCCAGCUUAGAGAGACAGAACAGCAGCUUCAGAGCAUGAUCAGAAGACCUGCUGAACUGGAGCCUAAGAUUGCACAAAACCAGCUGGACAAGGCACAGGAGUUCCUACAGCAGAUUAGAGAGAAGCAAUCUGAGGCAGCUCGGCUGAGUGAAGCCAUCGGCAGGUUGACGGACGGACAGGUCUCUCCUGCUCUGGAGGAGAUAAGGAGACUGAAAAGGGGCUGGAUAGAGCUGGGCCAGCAGGCUGAAGAGCUGGAAGCACAGCGGGGGGAGGACAUGCAGCGAAGUGGAGAGUACCAGGAGAGUGUAGCUGCUGUGGAAGAACUAUUCCACCAAGUAUCCAGAGAAUGGGAUUACCUCGCCAGGGCUGACACUGAGAGUACAAGUGAGCAUCUAGAGGCUCUGAGGAAACUGGCCAGUGAUCUGGAUGAACAGAAAGAAACCCUAGAAGACCUGAGGGACCAGAGACAGGCUAUCCUGCCUCGACUAAGCCUGCUAGACAAGGAGCUGGUCAAACAACAGGUGGGGCAUCUGGAGCAUCGCUGGGCCCAGCUGGAGAGCCUCAUUCUGCAGAAGAUUCAGGAUUCAGCUCAGACCUUGGAGGAUCUCUCCCGGGUGGAGGCCCAGCUGAGAGAUGCCAGGGAGUGGGUGGAGGAGCAGCGACCUGCUCUCACCUCAGCUCUGAGAACUAGCCCCCCCCCAGAUCUAGCCCAGAGUUUCCUGUUUGACCAUCUGAGCGUUUGUGUUGAGCUUGAGGCCCGUCAGCAGCUGCUCAGUCAGGCUGUGAGCGAAGCACAGGCUGUGGCAUCCAGGCUCGGGCUGAGUGAGAAAAAAUGCUUACAGGAGCUUGUUAGGCAAGCCCAGAUGGAGGUUGAGGUUCUUGGUGCUCGGGUUGCGCAAAGGAGGAAAUACCUCAGUAAGGCCUUCACAGAGAGAACGCAGUUCCUUCAAGGCGUGGGGAGAGCCUUGUCGUGGGUAAAGCAGCAGGAAAGGAAGGCUUUGCUAGAAGACCACAUCGCUCUUCUUCCAGAGGAUUUGACCAAACAGGUUGCAGCAUGUCGGAGCGUCCAGAGCGGCUUACGAGCCUACCAUAGAGAGCUGGCGUCACUCUGGGUUCAAGGGAGAGAGCUGGAGAGAGAGGCCAGUGACAAAGAAAGAGCAGAAACAGUGGCAAGACUGGAAGAGCUACAGUCAACCUUCGACGCCGCACUCCAGAGGACUACUCAGCGUCUUGCAAGCCUAGAAAAAGCCUUAACUUCAAGGAAGUACUUCAAGGUUGACCUGGAAAAAACCUGCCAGUGGCUAAGACAAGCAGAAGCCAAAACAUUCCCUGAAAUCAACUUUAACAAUGUUGAAGAGAGCACGUAUUUGCUAACACACCUGUCCAACUAUCAAAGUGUCUUAGAGCAGGCUUCGGAGUACGAGAACCUUCUUCUGAUCGUCCAAAGAAUCGGUCAGGAGAUCCUCCCCACUCUGAAUGAGAUCGACCAUUGCUAUCUGGAUGAGCGCCUCAACGCUCUGCCUCAGCAGUACAACGCCAUCCUUGCUCUUGCCAAAGAGAAGAAAGACAGAGUCCAGCAGGUUAUCCAGGAGAGGAAAGAGUUCAGCACUUUGUUUGAAAUCACUCACAGCGCACUGGAGGAACUGCAAGAGCAAUUUGACAAUCUUGAGAAGCAGACUAUCACCGUAGGAGAGGAGGAUGGUGUCAGUUUGAUGGAUAUGUAUAAAAGUAUUGAUGAAAGGUUGGUUCAAAUCAGUCCUGCUAUUGGAGAACUUCAUGGGAAAACCCAGGGCUUUUUAAUCAGGGGUUAUCAAUAUAGAGCUAAAGAAACUCAGCAGCUGGUCAGACUCCACUACACACUGAAGAAAAUAAAUGGCCAGAAGAUUAAAAACCUAAACCAUUGCUUGAAAAAAGUAGCUGAACAUAACAGGAUGGUUUCCAACCUGGACACAGAGAUUAACUCUGUUGCACAGGGGCUGAUCAGAGUAAAAUCAGAUAAAGAAAUAGGUGCUUUAGAUAAGUUAGCUGCUCUUUAUUUGCUGCUAGGAAGUUUAGAUGGAGUGAGAUCUCAGGUAGAAGAAAGUUAUAAACACACAAAACAUCUCGAUCCAAAGAUCGACACUGCUGCCUUCCAGGAAACCAAACUGAAGCUGGAGAUGUUGCAGUCUUUACAGCGCGAUAUUAAAUGUUUAGUGGAAGAAAGCGAAGCAGGAGUCGCACAGGAAGAGGACUUCAUGGGAGAGGCUGAGAGGAUGUUGGUGUGGUUGAAGACUGUUGAAGAAAAUCUGAAGGAGCCUUUGAUCAUCUCAGUGUUUAAAGCAGAGAGGAUACAAGAAGAGAAGCAGAAACUUACAAUCAAAGAAGAGGAAGUGAGGAGAAGGCUGAAGGUGGUCGAUGGACUGGGAGUCAGAGAAAGGGAAAAAUUAGAAAGUAAGAGAGAAACUGUUCCUUCCAAGAUAGAGAGAAAAGUUCAGGAGCUUGAGAAGCUGGAAACCAAAGUUCAACAAGAAAUCUCUGCUAAACAGCUGGCACUGGAUCAAACCCUUGCUGUGGUCCAGAGGCACCACUUAUCUCUGCAGAACAUGCAGGAAUGGCUGGACAAAGUUGAAGCAUUCCUCCAUGAGACCGGAUCGGUUGUGGAUAUUGAGAACCACGAGGACUGUAUGCGAGAUCUGGAAGAAAUUUUAUCCCAAGAGAAGAACUUUACAACUUCUUCAGAGGAGAUAAGGAAACUUGAUCCUCUGUUGGGGGAUUUUGUGGAGGCAGGAGUGUUGAAACAGGUCAGGGGGACGAUUCAUUCGAUGCAGCAGGCGAAGCAAGAAGUCAAACAGAAAGUGGAUGCUUACAGACAAGUGCUGCAGAGGUGUGGUGCUCUAUGGAGCUCCUUUCAACAUGCUAAAGAGAUGCUGGUUGAACAGAUGGAUGAUCUGGAAAGCAACAUUUCCAGAUUUACAACAGCAAAAGCUCUCAGUGUCUAUGAGGCAGAGGAUAAGUGUCAAAGACAGGAGUCCCUGAUGAUGAAGGUCGGCAUGCUGGAAGCUCCCGUGAAUGCUCUGAAGGAGACUGCUGCAGAGUUGGAUGAAAUCAUCUGUGAACACAGCAAAGUUCUUACCAGUCACACUGUGUCAUCACUAUGGCAACGGUGGACACAGCUCCGGAGCGUGGCCGGAGCCCAGAAGAGGGCGCUGGAGGACACUGCCAGGGACUGGAGGAACUUCAUCGAAAAGAUGGAUAAGGUGUGCUCCGUCUCCAAAGACCUACACAGUCGUGUACCAGACAGCACCGUUGAAAAGGCAGCCACUAGGGCGGCGCUUCAGAGCCUGCUGGAAUACCACGACUCCUUCAGUCAGGAGGUGGAGAGGGAGCAAUCCACACUGGCCCUGUUGGUGCAACAAACCCACUGCCUUAGAGGAGAAACUGAGAAGGAGGUGGGGGUGGAGAAGAAGGCAGAGAAUGGACAUGAAGACGCAUCGUGCCUGCAGAAGAUCAGACGCAUGCAAGAGCAAUAUGAAAGCCUGUUGUUGCAGGUGCGAGCUAGCAGGACCCAGGUACACCAGGAGCUGAGGGAGAGAGAGGAGGUGGAGAAGGAGCUUGGCCUAGUUAAAGGCUGGAUCCAAGAUACCCGGGGCUUAUUGCUGAGCCCUACGGCCGACCUAGACUCACUUCUCCAUGAGCUGGAGACCGCACAUGGUGAGGUCAUCAGCAGACGCCAAAGUGUUGAACGCAUGACAGAGCUCCAGCAGUCCAAGUAUCAGGACCUUCAAGCCGGUCUGCCCUCUGAGCUCAGCAUGCAGUUAGCUGAGGUUACUCUUGCAUUGGGUUCUGCUGAAGAUCAGGUCCAGGCAAGGGAGAGGGAGGUGCAGCAGACCAGGGAUGUGAAAGAGGACUUCAGCUACAGGCUUCAGGACAUUGAGACAAAGCUGAAGACCAUCACAAGAAAACUAGAAGAAAGGAGCACCGACCUGGGGGAGGCCAAGGAAGAGACCAAAGCUCUUUGUGAAGAGUGUGAAUCCUGUGGUAGCUCUCUGGCAGAGUUAGGAGUAGCUGUUCAAGAGUUUGGAGAGCAGAACCCGCUGCUGUGUAAGCAGCUCGGAGAUGCUGUGGUGAAACUAACAGAGCUGCAGCGUCAAACCACACAAGUGGCACAGGACAAAGUCAGCAGACUCAAGAAGGCCGAGAAACUUGCCGCAGAAUAUCACAGCAUGAAGGCUUUCAUCUUGGCCUGGAUAGAAAAAGCAGAUGAUCUGAUCUCUGGUAACAUCGUCUGGACCUCGGCAUCCCAGCUGCAGGAGCAAAUUCGGGCACAUCAGGCAUUGCUGAGGGAGUGUCGCGGUCUCCAUGGCGACUUGGAGGCCAUGGGGGAGAGGGAGGGGCAGCUGGCGGACGUGUUGCAGACGGAGGGAUGGAGCCAGCAGGUUAAACAUCUCAGCAGACGCACAGAGGAGCUGCAGCAAUCCGCCAAGACCCGCUUCCAGAGUCUACAGGAUGCAUCUAAAGACAUGCUGCGUCUGGAGGCAGAGGUGAAAAGCCUGCAUGCUGUUGUUGAUCAGAUCCAGGUUGCACUAGCUUCUCCUGAUCUCAACAAGCUCAGCCUCAGGGAGCAGCUCACACAGCGACAGCUUCUGCUGGCAGAUAUGGAGAGCUUCAAACAGCAGGUGGCUUCAGUACAGCAGUGUCAGAGUGCCCUACGGCUCCCUGAAGAAGUUGUGGCCAGUCUGCCCAUCUGCCGCACAGCUCAGUCUCUGCAGCAAGAAGCCAGCCAGCUGCAGCACACCACCAUCCAGCAGUGCAACAUCCUGCAGGAGGCGGUGGUUCAGUACGAGCAGUAUGAACAGGAAGUGAGAAACCUCCAGAGAUUAAUUGAGGAUGCUCACCGCAUCAUCCAGGACAGGCCUGUUGCCACCAACAACAUCCAGGAGCUUCAGGCUCAGAUUCACCACCAUGAGGAGCUGACUCAAAAGAUCCGUGGCUACCAGGAGCAGAUCGCCUCACUCCACUCAAAGUGCAAAAUGCUGACAGUGAAGGCCAAGCAUGCCACCAUGCUCCUGACCGUCACUGAUGUGGAGGGCCUGUCUGAUGGCAUGGAGGAGCUGAGCGAUGAGGAGCUGGCCGGCGUCGUGGGAAACACCGGCUCAGCUGCUGGCAAACAGCUUCCAGCCCACCCCUCUGUCGUUAUGAUGACAGCCGGGCGCUGCCACACGCUCCUCUCCCCCGUGACAGAGGAGUCAGGGGAGGAGGGCACCAACAGCGAGGUCUCCUCUCCCCCUGCCUGCCGCUCCCCCUCUCCGGGGGCUAACGCUGCUGAAAUUCCUCUUAACCAGGGUCGGGGGGGCCUAAACAGAGUGCCGCUCCAGGAGCUGUACGACCCCUCGAUGGAGACGGGUGCUGCUAACUUGGACGACCUGCAGAGAUCCUGGGAAACACUGAAGAAUGUGAUAAGUGAGAAGCAGAAGAGCCUGUAUGAAGCCCUGGAGAGGCAGCAACACUAUCAGGAAUCCCUACAGUCCAUUUCUACCAAGAUGGAGUCCAUCGAAGGGGCGUUGAAUGAAAGCCUUGAACCUAGCAAGACCCCUGAGAGCCAAAUGGCAGCCCACCAGGCCCUUAUGGAUGAGAUCCUGAUGCUUCAGGAUGAGAUUGCUGAGCUGCGGACCUGUUUCUCUGAGGAACUGGCCGACUGUGGAGAUGGGAAGGCCGGGGAUCAAAUGGCCCUGCGGUCCACUCUAACUGUACUGGGAGAAAGGAUGGCCACUAUUCGCAUGAAGGCAUCCGGAAAACGGCAGCUACUGGAGGAGAAACUGAGUGAACAGCUUGAGGAGCAGAGACAGGAGCAGGCACUGCAGCGGUACCACAGUGAGGCAGAGGAGCUGGACCACUGGCUGCUCAGCACUCGUGCAACACUCAGUUCUGCCCUUCAGCCCCAAAAUGAAGACUUGGACAUGGAGGAGCAGCUCAUCGACUGUCAGAACAUGCUGUUUGAGAUCGAGCAGAAGGUUUCCUACCUCUCAGAGCUGUCCGUCCACAGUGAAAGCUUGCUCUUGGAGGGUCGUGCCGAAACUAAGGAAGAGGCGGAGCAGCUGACCCUCAAACUGCGCUCCCUCAAAGAUAGCUUGAUGGAGCUGCAGCAGAUGCUGCAGGACAAACAGGUGGACAUCCAGGGAUCUCUACAGGAGCAGGAGGACAGUGAGCCGGACUCGUCUCUAUCCCAGAGUCCAAAUGUCCAGGACUGGUUGUCUCAGGCCCGCUCAACACGCUCUCAGCAACACAACGACAACCUACAGAGACAGAGGGAGCUGCAGGAGCAAGUGGAAAAACAGAGGAAGCUGCUGCAGUCUGUAGCCAGCGUUGGGGAGGAGUUACUCAAUCAACAUGGGACAUGUAAUGGAGACAGUGAGGAGUCUGUGCCUGGUGGAGUGCUGCUGGAGACGGAAACCUUGUCUCCGCUGGACCAACUGAGGCAAAGAUGGGAAAACCUCAAUAAAGAUCAGAGCACAAAGCUCCAGCUCUCCCUCAGCUCCCUGGAACAGGACCAACUCAGUCCGGUCCUUCACCGGUCCCGUCUGUCCAGUCCAAAUGUAGUUUUCAGGAGUGAGGCUCCCGCCCAAGACCCUGGGUCUCCUAGAUCAUUGUUUGAAGCCUGCUGUAGAAAUCUGGAAAGAAUCAGAGAGGAGGCAGCGGGCAGUGAGAGUAAACUGGCAGCAUCAUUUGGAACGGAAAGAGUGCAACAGGAUCUGUUUGCUGCAGUAUCAGCGGCCUCCUCCUGGUUGGAUUCAGCAGAGAAUCAAAUGCUCUCUGGUCCCGUCCUGCUGUCUGAGGAUACAGAGUCUCAACUUACCAACCUUGAGGCUCUGAGUAAGCAGCUAAAGGAGAUAACAAGAGAGGUGAACGUGUGCAGAGAUCUGCUGGGCUUAGGAACAGGCCGGCUGUGUGGAGGAGAAGAGCAGGCCCUGAUGGAGGACACGCUGGAAGGCUUACAGGAGAGAAUGGGCCUCCUGCACUCUGCUUUAGAACAACAUUGUGAAAACAUGAGAGACACCCUGCAGGAACACUCUGCUUUCCAGAAUGAGCUAAGGAUGCUGUUCACAGGCCUGACUGAAAGCAAACAUCAGUUACUUCAAAAGAUGGCUGGAACAACAGACCGUCCUGCAUCCAAACAGUUAGAGGCAUUGUCUGAGGUGGAGGAGAGCCUCAGAGAGCUUGAACAAAAGGUGACGGAGCUGAGAGUCAGAGCAGAGGGACUCCGACCAGACCAAACCUCCAACCAGGAGCUCCUGAAACUACAAGAUGCCUAUGAGGAGCUGGUGCUCCUGGUGGGCUCCAGGCGGAGCAGCCUGAACCACAGCUUGUCUCUGAAGGCCCAGUAUGAGGCUGCUCUUCGUGAUCUCACCGACCUGAUCGACACUGCUCAGGACAAGAUGGCUGCUGACCAGAAGAUGACCGUCGUUUCUGUCAUUGAGGUCCAGAUGCUGCUCGACAAACACAAAGAGUUUUUUCAGGGACUGGAAUGUCAUAUGAUCCUCACCCAGACGUUCUAUGCAAAAGUGUCCAGUCUGGUUGCACACAGGGAGAGCCAAGUGCUGGAGGAGACCAUGGCUUUAGCUCACAAUGUGUUAAAACAAGCCCACAGGAGGGGAGUGGAGCUAGAGGGCAUUUUAGAGUCCUGGAGCAGCCUCAUGCAAGAUUACCAGGGUCUGUGCAGACAGCUGGAUGCUGUAGAGUCUAGCAUCCCAGCUGUGGGUCUUGUUGAGGAGACAGAGGAGAGACUUCAUGAGAGAAUCGGUCUCUAUCAGCGCCUUAAAGCGAGCCUCACAGAACAUCAGCCCCAGCUGUACCAGGUUCUGGAGGAGGGGAAGAGGCUCCUUCUGUCGGUCAGCUGCUCUGACUUGGAGAACCAGCUCACACAGCUGGGAGAACACUGGCUCUCCUCCACUACUAAAGUUAACAAAGAACUGCAUCGCCUCGACUCCACGCUCAAACACUGGAGCAGGUAUCAGAGGGAAUCAGCAGAGCUGAGGCACUGGCUACAAUCUGCCCUCGACAGGCUGGAGUUCUGGACAACCCAGUCAGUGACGGUACCUCAGGAGUUGGAGACUGUUAGAGACCAUCUCUGUGCCUUCCUGGAGUUUUCCAAAGAGGUGGAUGCUAAAUCCUCACUACGUUCGUCUGUGUUGAGCACCGGCAACCAGCUUAUGCGACUGAAAAGAGUGGACACUGCUGGUCUGAGGACAGCGAUGGGCCAAGUUGACACUCAGUGGGCCGAGCUGCUCACUCAUAUCCCCGUAGUGCAAGAGAAGCUCCAUCAGUUGCAAAUGGAGAAGCUUGCAUCAAGACAUGCUAUCACAGAGCUGAUGAGCUGGAUUACCCUGAUGGAGACUAUCAUAGAUGAAGAUCAGGAUAAGAUCAUAGGGGCUGUAGGCUCAGAUGUGGUCAAGAACUUCUUGCAGAAGUACAAGGGUUUCCGCAUAGAUCUGACCUGUAAGCAGUUGACUGUUGACUUUGUAAACCAGUCGGUGCUGCAGAUCAGCAGUCAGGACGUGGAAGGAAAGCGGAGUGACAAAACGGACUUUGCUGAGAAGUUGGGAGCUAUGAACAGAAGAUGGCAGAUACUGCAGGGGCUCAUUGCUGAAAAGAUUCAGAUAUUGGAAGGACUAUUGGAAAGUUGGCUAGAGCAUGAAAAUGGCGUUCAGGCUUUGAAAACCUGGCUCACGCUUCAGGAGGAGAAGUUAAAGAAGAAACACAGGAUAGAGGAUGUUGCAUCAGUGCAGAAUGCACUCAAAGACUGUCAGGAGUGGGAGCAGCUAGUGAAAGAAAAAGAAAAGGAUCUAGAAAGGGCAGAGGAAAGAGGAAACAUUCUCAUUAAGGAUAAGAAAGGAGAUGCCUGUUCUGUUGUCAAGGAAACCCUUAAAGGGCUGCACCAGUCCUGGGCUAAUGUGGACCAAAAGGUUGGUCAGAUAAAGGUGAAUUUGCGGUCGGUUUUGGAGCAGUGGAUUCUGUACCAGCGAGCUUCAGAGGAGAUUAAUGGUUACCUGAUGGAGGGGAGAUAUUCUGUGUCCAGGCUGCACCUCCUUAAAGGGUCUCUAGAGGCGGUGCAGCAGCAGGUGGAAAGUCUGGAGAACCUGCAGGAAGAUAUGGAUAAACAGGAGAGCAGUUUCAGAAAGUUUGGAUCCAUUACACACCAGCUGCUGAAAGAGAGUCACCCAUCUGUAGCUGAAACGCUCAACAGAGCACUCCAGGAAGUUAAUGCCAGGUGGAAUCAUCUCCUUGAGCAGAUCUCAGAGCAGCUGAGGGGCAGUAAGUCCUUGCUGGGACUGUGGCAACGCCACAGGUUGUUGUACAGCCAGUGUGUGAAAGCAGUUCAGAAGCAGGAGGAACGUGCAGAUCGUCUGCUAAGGAGCGCCUCUGACAGGGAAAUCACAGAGGAGGAGAGCAGCACCUGGAUAAAAGGUUGCGACGAUUGCCUGAAUGACCAAAACUCAGUACAGCAGUUGCUUGAACAGCUGCAGGCAUUAGAGGAGCAGCUGAAGAGCCAAGUCGACGCCUCCUCCUCUGCAUCCCUCAGAUCUGACCAUCUGCAGCUCUCUCACCGCCUGGCAGUGCUGGAGCACGCCCUGCACAGGCAACAAGAAGUACUGCAGUGUGAAUCCCAAGCCUGCGAGGGUUUCCGAGAGCAGCUGGAGGCAUUGAUAUGUAAGGCGAAAGAGGCGGAGGAGGUGCUAAAGGAGUCUGACCCAGUCGGUACCCCAGACCUCACUGUGGUGCAGACGUCCUUAGAAAAACUCAAGGAAAACCUCCUGAAGCUGAGCAGUCUAUCUCCAGACCUGGAGCGCAUAAACGAGUUGGUCUACAGACUACCAGUCAGUGACAAAGAUGUUAAACGGCUCCAGAAUCUCAACAGAGCUUGGGCUGCUCACUCUGCCCACCUUACAGAAAGGUUCAGUAAACUUCAGUCAGUGUUGCUGCAGCAGCAGAGUUUCCUCCAAAAAUGUGAAGCCUGGAUGGAUUUCCUCUCUCAGACUGAGACGAAGCUGGCUGCAGAGAUAUCAGGCAACUACCAGAGUCUGCUGGAGCAACAAAGAGACCAUGAGCUGUUCCAGGCAGAGAUGUUCAGCAGACAGCAGAUUCUUUACUCCAUCAUCAGCGAUGGCCAUCGGCUGUUGGAUCUGGGUCAAGUGGAUGACAGUGAUGACUUCAGUGUUAAGCUGGCUCUGCUGAGCAAUCAGUGGCAGUGUGUGGUGAGGCGUGCUCAGCAGCGGAGGGGCAUCAUCGACAGCCUGGUGCGGCAGUGGCAGAACUACCAGGAGAUGUCAGAGAAGCUGCGACGAUGGCUGCAGGAAGUGACCCGCGAUCCGGACGUACUUCAGCCGGGAGAGCCGGUGGCACUGCAGGAGGCCCGAAGCCUGCUGGGUCAGAUACAGCUCAGGGAGCGUGUGCUUCAGAGGCAGCAGGGAGUCUACAUCCUGAUGGUGGAGGCCGGCAGGAGCCUUCUGCUGUCGGCUGACGCCAGGGCAGAGUCUACUCUGCAGACGGAGCUCAUGGAGAUUCAGGACAGAUGGAGACAUGCCCACCACCGCCUGGACCAGCAGAAGAGGGAGCUGCAUGGCUUGCUGAAGAACUGGGAGCGGUGUGAAAAGGGCAUUGACGUCUCUUUGGAGAAGCUCCGGGCCUUUAAGAGAAAGCUGUCCGUGCCGCUGCCGGAGCAUCAUGAGGAGCUUCACUCUGAGCAAAUGAGGUGCAAGGAGUUGAAGAGCAGUGUGGAGGGAUGGACCGAUGACCUUACUUCCUUGUUCAAGCUAAGGGAUUCCUUGGAGGGUUUGCUCAGCGCAGAUGAUGUCACAGUCUUACAGGAACGCCUGCAGCUGCUGCAGCGCCAGUGGGAGGAGGUUUGCCACCAGCUUUCCCUCCGCAGACAGCAGGUGAGCGAGAAGCUGAAUGAGUGGGCCGUUUUCAAUGAGAAGAACAAGGAGCUGUGUGAGUGGCUCACACAGAUGGAGAGCAAAGUCUCUCAGAAUGGAGACAUCAGUAUUGAGGAGAUGAUUGAAAAGCUACGGAAGGACUAUCAAGAGGAAAUCAGCGUUGCUCAGGAAAACAAGCAGCAGCUACAGACGAUGGGAGAGCGUCUGGCCAGAGCCAGCCAGGACAGCAAGGCAGCCGAGAUCCAACAUAAGCUCAGCAAAGUCGGUGAGCGCUGGCAGCACCUGCUGGACCUCAUUGCAGCCAGGGUGAAAAAGCUGCGGGAGACCCUGGUGGCCGUGCAGCAGCUGGAUAAAAACAUGAGCAGCCUCCGUUCUUGGCUCUCCCACAUUGAAGCAGAGCUCUCCAGGCCUAUCGUCUACGAAACCUGUGACAAGCAGGAGAUCCAGAGGAAGCUCAGCCAGCAGCAGGACCUUCAGCGGGACAUAGAGAAACACAGCACAGGUGUGGCGUCAGUCCUUAACUUGUGCGAAGUCCUGCUGCAUGACUGCGACGCCUGCUCCACAGAGACAGAGUGCGACUCCAUCCAGCAGGCAACCAGAGGCCUGGACAGACGCUGGAGGAACAUCUGCGCCAUGUCCAUGGAGAGGAGACUCAAAAUUGAAGAGACAUGGAGGUUGUGGCAGAAGUUUCUGGAUGAUUACUCCAAGUUCGAAGAUUGGCUGAAAGCAUCGGAGAAAACUGCAGCCCUGCCCAACUCCUCUGGUGUUCUCUAUACUGUGGCUAAGGAGGAGCUGAAGAAGUUUGAGGCCUUCCAGCGCCAGGUGCAAGAAUGUUUGACCCAGUUGGAGCUCAUCAACAAGCAGUACCGCCGUCUGGCCCGAGAGAACCGUACAGACUCCUCCCACCGCCUCAGAGAAAUGGUGCAUGAUGGGAACAAACGAUGGGACCACCUACAAAAAAGAGUGGCUGCCAUCCUUCGCAGAUUAAAGCACUUCAUCAGCCAGCGGGAGGAGUUUGAGACGGCCCGGGACAGCAUCCUGGUCUGGCUCACUGAGAUGGACCUCCAGUUGACCAACAUUGAACAUUUCUCUGAGUGUGACGUGCAGGCCAAAAUAAAACAGCUCCGAGCAUUCCAGCAAGAGAUCUAUCUGAACACAGCGAAGAUAGAGCUCGUGUUUCGCCAGGGCGAAGCUUUGAUCGAGAAGAGCGAACCUCUGGAUGCCGCCGUCAUCGAGGAGGAGCUGGAGGAGCUGCAGAGAUACUGUCAGGAGGUGUUUGGGAGAGUGGACAGAUAUUACAAGAAGCUCACGAGACUGCCUUUGGCCGAUGAUGAUCUGGACAGCUCAGACAGAGAGUUGGACGUGGAAGAUAGCGGAGACCUCCCCGAUCUUCAGUGGAGCGAGUCCCCGGUCCCGCGGCCUUCGAGCCGACCCACUUCAGGCACAGCGGCGCUCAUUCGGGCAGACCGCUCCGGCAGAGACACUCCGGCCAGUGUGGACUCCAUCCCCUUAGAGUGGGAUCACGACUACGACCUCAGCAGAGGCCUGGAUAGUCCCAGAGGGCGGAGUGACUCAGACAGGACCCCAGACCACGAAGAGAAGGAUGAAUACCUGAGGACCAGCGUUACUGUGUUGUCAGAUGUAGUUAUCCCAGAGAGCCCAGAGGCCUAUAUAAAACUGACAGAGAACACGUUGAAAACGUCCUCUGGUGAGCCAGGCCAGCUGGAGGCCAGUUUGAGACAGCUGGACCAGGCUCUGGAUGCAGGACGCUACCACCUGCAGCAGAGAGAGGCCUCUGCUAGCCGCUCCAGCUCAGACGUGGACUCCACAUACAUGGGCUACAUGCGUCUGAUGGGAGAGUGUCGCGGCAGCAUCGACGCAGUAAAAAAAGCAGAAGGAGAGCUGACUGAGGACGAGGAUGACAUGCCAGGACUCACCAACCCGGCCAGCGCAGAGACGCAGAGCAAAGGUGUAAUUGAACGCUGGGAGCUGAUCCAGGCUCAGUCGCUGAGCGAGAAGCACAGACAAAAACAGAACCUGCGGCAGUGGCAGCAGCUGAUCUCAGAGCUGCAGACCAUGAGAGCCUGGCUGGGUCAGUCUGAGGCUGAGCUUAGUCGGCUGCGAGGGCUGGACGUCAGCACCAACAUUCACACCAUCCAGCAGCGAAUCAAGAAGCUCAAGGAGCUGCAGAAAGCGAUGGAUUCUCACAAGUCAGAGGUCCUCUCUAUAAACCUGAGCAGCGCAGACUUCCUGCAGUCAGAACCCGACUCAGAGGAGGCCUGGGAACUGAGGGAUCGGCUAAAGGAGAUGAACUCGCACUGGGAACGGCUCAGUAACUCGCUUGAAGACUGGAGGGAGGAACUGCAGAGGGCGCUCAUGCAGUGUCAGGAGUUCCAUGAGAUGAGUCACGGUCUGCUGCUGUGGUUGGAGAACAUUGACCGCAGGAGGAACGAGGUGGUGCCCAUCCCUCAGAGAGCCGACUAUGAAACAUUACAACAUCAUCACAAAACACUGAUGCAAAUCAAGUGUGAGCUGUUGGACUCACAGCAGAAAGCUACUUCUCUUCAGGAGCUUUCCACUCAGCUGCUGGUCAACGCGAAGCCCCUGUCUCUCCAGACGCCAGGGCAAAACCAGUCCCAUGGCAGUGAGUGUCUAGAAGCACGGGAAAAGGUCCAUGUUAUCUGGAAUAGGCUGCGGCUCCUUCAGAGGGAGGUAAGCUCAGACCUGGAGCUGCUGGAGAAGAGACUGGAGGCCGUGGAGGCACAGCAGGAUUACCUGUCUGGACCUAUUGGAAGAUCCCAAAUCCGCGGAUCUGCUGGUCCCAGGACAGAGAAGGCCAUUCAAAGACGAAAACAAUCGCCUCGAAGCAAAACUAGUCAGGCCCACCCAGGACACGCUGAGAGCGGCUCGCGCCACAGCCGGAGCCGAUGGCCAGGCGCCGCUGGCUGCGUUUCCUCCCGUUCUGACCUUCUAGACGGCGUCUCCUCGCAGUCCUCCUCCUCAAACCACAAGUCCUUCCUGCUUCGGGUCCUCAGGGCCGCGCUCCCCGUCCAGCUUCUCCUGCUGCUCCUCAUUGGCCUUGCCUGCCUGGUACCCAUGACGGAGGAGGACUAUAGCUGCCAUCAUGCCAACAACUUCGCCCGCUCCUUCCAUCCGAUGCUGCGCUACACCAACGGACCUCCGCCCAUAUGAGGAGCGUCAGACUUCAUCUUCCUACUUCUUUGCCAAGGACUUCUCUGAAUGUUUCCUCUUCACUUUGUGCCCUCAAGCAGUAAACUUUUCAACCUGCGUAAUGAAGUAUUUCUCUCAUAAUUGUUGCACACCCUUCAACCCUUUAACGAAGUGGACCUUCAUACGAUCAAUGCUUUUUCUCAGUCCAGAUAGUUCUGGUUUAACUUAAAUGUGUAUAUAUAUUUUUUUUAAACUCAUGUUAAAUCAUUUUAACGAACAAAGCACUAUUUAUGUAAUGUAUGUUGGGAGCCAAAGUCAGCCAUGCUUUUUGUCCAUGAUAUACAGCUGCUAGUAUUUAUUUAGUGUUCAAUCAGCUUGGAGCUGAUCAAGCUAAAGUAUCCCUCCAGUGAGGGAUACGUGUACCUGUAAAUUGUAGAGUAGCCUUGCAGGUUGAGUAGCAAUCAUUCAGUCUAUGUGUGAGAGUUUCAUUUUAAGAUGUCACCUUUGAGGAUAUUCUCAGAUUUAAAAGAACAAACUGACUGAAGCAGCACAGAAACUCCUCUGAAGUUUGGGAUGUAGCAUCAUUUUUGGGUUUAAAAAUGACCUGCCUGACUCUAACAAUGAAGAUUUCACAUGUUAAAGCAAAAAUAUUUUGAAGCACUGUUUAAAAAAAAAAAAAGGUACCGCACUGAAGCCAUCUGCUAAAGCUAAGGCUUGCAUCCCAACUAGGAAAGUUGGUAAAAGAACACAUUUUAUUUCUAAAUUAAAAAAUAAAAUCACUUGCUUUGUAAAUUAUUGCUUAAAUUUUCUUGGAAAAGAGGUCGGGGUUUUUUGUACUUUUUGGUUGAGCAUGCACUUGAAGGUCUCCUGUGCUUAACGAAGCCAAACAAUCACUGCUAGUGUUUUAGUGAAUGGCUGUGACACGAUAAAAGUGUGCUUUGUAAUUACCGUCUAAUUACUCCAGAAACACUGCAUUGUUAUAACUAAUUCUGUAAAAAUAAAAAAAAAUAAAAAACAUAAAUUGUUAUUUAUGUAUGUACAGUUUGGAAGAUUACUCUUUUUGCAAAUAAUAAAAC